AUGAUAUUCGCGUCUUCUGCAAAGCAUAUUAAGGAGCUGGAUCAAGCACCCGAUUCAGUUCUCUCGCUCAACGGAGCAGCAAAACAUGUGAGCCUUCUUCCAUAUAUUGUCUCAUUGCAUUACUGAUAACGUGCAAAGAUAUUGCAACCUAUUUACACAAUGAACGGAUUCAACUGGUUUGAUCGUAGAGGUGUAGAGGGAGUAGGAUUUGUAAAGACGCUUCGAACUCUUUUGACAAACAAUUUACCACAACUCCUGCCACGCCUGAGUAUUGCAACCAAAGUUCGCCUAGAUGAACACUUGUCUCGCUAUGCUACAACUGGGGGUAAUUAUGACCAUAGCUCUAGGCAUCAAACUCCGCUUAUCUGUUUCUAGACGCUAUAAGAUCACCAAUAUACCCAAUGAUGAUGGAUAUUGUGGUUUUAUUGAAUGCCAUAUCUUUAUUUGGAGAAGAGCUAGGUAUGAUGUCGUUGAAAACUCCUCCUUUUGAAUCAGCAGUUGACAGAGUUUCUUUCAUUGCAGCCAGAAAUGAUCAAUCAUGAAGGCAGCUAGGGCCUAUGUUGAGGAGACUUUGAUAUGCGCCGAGAUUGUGAAAUUGGUGCCGAAGUUCCUUGCACCGUAAGUACAUGCUUUUCUUCAAAAGUUCAAACAGGAGAGACCUGGCUAAUUGGUUUGGCUCUGUGCAUACUCUUACAACAGUAAAUCAGUUCAUAAAACCUGCGAGAAGAGAAAUUGUUCUAACUGAUAUGAUUUACAGACUCUUGUUUGGGUGAUUCAUGAUCUAUGCGAUCAUCCCGAGUAUGUCGAGCCGCUGCGCGAAGAACUUCAAACCAGCUAUGCAGACUUUGAGCGGUCCACUAAAGGACUUCCACUUCUGGAUAGUUUCCUCAAGGAAUCGGCUAGACUGACGCCUGUGGAGUCAAGUAAGAGACUAUAUUGUACAUGUAUUUUUCCUGCAAACUGAUAAUAUCACAGUGAGUGUAAGAAGGUGUGCUUUAGCACCUUUCACUUUCUCAGACGGGACUCGUCUCGCUCCCGGUGACUGGGGCUGUGCCCCAUCUGGCGCCAUCAACCUGAAAGAAGAAUACUACCCCUCGCCUCAUGAGUUCAGCGGCUUUCGAUUCGUGGAUCCAGCUAUUAUUCCCGACAAGCAGUCACCACAGAUCAACCAGGGGAAACCUUCAAAGCUCGUUGACGUUGACGAGUCUUUCCUAAUGUGGGGAACCGGACGAAUGGCUUGGUACGUUUAAUGAUAUCCACUUCCCUGCUACACAACCACGACUAAUUGUUAUUUUCCAAGCCCCGGCAGGUACUACUCAUCCGCCUUCAUGAAGGUCAUCGUUGGCCAAAUUAUCAUGAAUUAUGACGUUGCUCUCGUGGAGCCGAGUGCUCCUCGUUGGUUUUCUUGGCGCGCAGCUUUGUUACCCAAAGAUCAUACAUUAGUGACGUUCACUCCCUUGGAAAAGAAGAUCUGA